UCCAUUCCCUCUUCUUCUUCUUCUUCUUCUUCUUUGUUGUGCCUUUUUCUUCGGGAAGAACACUGCCGAAGUUUAAAUAAUGGCCAGCAGAGGCGGAGGCGGAGGUAGCGGUGGCGGUCGUGGCCGCUGCAGUGUCAUGAAGAAGCCUGAAUUCUUCAAGGUUUUUCUGGCACACCUCAGUUCUGAACGGCUGCGCAUACCGCCGGCAUUUAUUGAGCACUUCAAUGGAAAUGUACCAAAGGAGGUUGUUCUCAAGGAUCUUGCUGGAGUGUGUUGUAGUGUGGAGGUGGAAACUUUUGAAAAUGGUGUGUUCAUUGGUAAUGGCUGGCAAGGGUUUUUGAAUGAUCAUUCCAUAGAGCAUGGGGACUUCUUAGUUUUCAGAUAUAAUGGGAAAUAUCUGUUUUAUGUUAGUGUGUUUGCUAAGAAUGGAUGCAAGAAGUUGAAAACUGCAGUUACCGACCUUAUCAAGAAUGAACAAGGAGCUGAAGAAGCAGAGCCGACUGGUAUCAAGCCUGCUCAUGUGCACAAGCUCAAAUUUUCAGAGUUGGACCAAAUGAUUGAAAUAUCAGAUUCUCCUGAAGGUCGAUGGAAAUUGAAAAGUAUUGCUACGAGGAAUGCUGAGGUACGCAGUGUGUUUGAAGCAGCUGGAUUGGACUCACCCAAGUACCCAUGUUUCAUUGCUUCUAUGUCAAUGCCAUAUGCUUUGAACAUUCCAAAACUGUUGCUGUCUGUUAAUGAUAUAAAAUUAAAGGAAGAAGUUGUGCUUUGCAAUCAGAAUGGGAGGCUGUGGCCUGUCAAAAUCACUUUUAGGAAGGAUGGUCGGAUUGCAAUUACUACUGGAUGGAUCAAAUUUUCAAGGGACAACAAGCUGAAGAAGAAGGACAAGUGUGUUAUUGAGUUCAUCAUUGGCAGGGGAAGAAUUUGCCAAAAAUUGAAGGCUUAUAUUUUCUAUUCAGAGGCUAGUCGAAAGCGCCGCAGGUGCAAGGCCGUAAGAAAGCCCUGAAUCUCUCUGGUCUGUUCUGCCCUCUUUUGGCAUUCGGUUGCACAUGAAGUUAUUUUGUAAAUCUAAGUUAUGAAAACCUUGUUAACUAGUAUUGCUUUCUUCUCUUGGAAGAUGCAUUUUGGAGUCUGCUAUGGGAGAGUUCUUACUCUGUUGUAAUACUAUAUCAAUAUAUCAUCAGUUUUAGUGACUUAUUCA